GAGCCCCGCGCGAGUGCUCUGCGAGGCGGGCCGCAGGGAGGGAGGCGCGAAGAGGGCGCGAGGGUGGCAGCCGGAGGGAGCCACCGCCCCUGGCCGCCCGGGUCCCCGCGGGGCGCAUGGGGCGCUUCGAGCCGGGAUCGCGCGAGGGCCCGGCGCCCAGCUUCCUGCUGCCCUGAGAAGCCGCGCCGGGACGCCCCCAGGACCCCAAGCUGCCGGGAGGAUGACCAUGGCCGGGGGCAGGAGAGGACUGGUGGCCCCGCAGAACACGUUUCUGGAGAAUAUUGUCCGGCGGUCCAGUGGUAAGAGAUACUAAUUUUGUGUUGGGGAAUGCCCAGAUAGUGGACUGGCCUAUCGUGUACAGCAAUGACGGAUUUUGCAAGCUGUCUGGCUAUCACAGGGCGGAAGUGAUGCAAAAAAGCAGUACCUGCAGUUUUAUGUAUGGGGAGCUGACCGAUAAAGAUACAAUUGAGAAGGUGCGGCAAACGUUUGAGAACUAUGAGAUGAAUUCCUUUGAAAUUUUGAUGUACAAGAAGAACAGGACACCUGUGUGGUUCUUUGUGAAAAUUGCUCCAAUUCGAAAUGAACAGGAUAAAGUGGUUUUAUUUCUUUGCACUUUCAGUGACAUAACAGCUUUCAAACAGCCAAUUGAGGAUGAUUCAUGUAAAGGCUGGGGGAAGUUUGCUCGGCUGACCAGAGCGCUGACAAGCAGCAGGGGCGUCCUGCAGCAGCUGGCUCCCAGUGUGCAGAAAGGCGAGAAUGUCCACAAGCACUCCCGCCUGGCUGAGGUUCUGCAGCUGGGCUCAGACAUUCUUCCUCAGUACAAGCAAGAGGCACCGAAGACUCCCCCUCACAUUAUCCUACAUUACUGUGUUUUUAAGACCACGUGGGAUUGGAUCAUCUUGAUCUUAACCUUCUACACAGCCAUCCUGGUCCCUUAUAACGUCUCCUUUAAAACCAGGCAGAACAACGUGGCCUGGCUGGUUGUGGAUAGCAUCGUGGAUGUUAUCUUUUUGGUGGACAUUGUGCUGAAUUUUCAUACUACCUUUGUUGGACCAGCUGGGGAGGUGAUCUCUGACCCCAAACUCAUCCGCAUGAACUACCUGAAGACGUGGUUUGUGAUUGACCUUCUGUCCUGUUUGCCAUAUGAUGUCAUCAACGCUUUUGAGAACGUGGAUGAGGGCAUCAGCAGCUUGUUUAGCUCACUGAAGGUCGUUCGGCUGCUUCGUCUGGGGCGAGUGGCCCGUAAGCUGGACCACUACAUUGAAUACGGAGCUGCUGUGCUGGUCUUGCUGGUGUGCGUGUUUGGGCUAGCCGCUCACUGGAUGGCCUGCAUUUGGUACAGCAUCGGGGACUACGAGAUCUUUGAUGAAGACACCAAGACCAUCCGCAACAACAGCUGGCUCUACCAACUGGCGAUGGACAUUGGCAGCCCUUACCAGUUUAACGGGUCCGGCUCAGGGAAGUGGGAAGGCGGUCCCAGUAAGAAUUCUGUCUACAUCUCCUCGUUGUAUUUCACUAUGACCAGCCUUACCAGCGUGGGCUUUGGCAACAUUGCCCCCUCCACAGACAUCGAGAAAAUCUUUGCGGUGGCCAUCAUGAUGAUUGGCUCCCUUCUGUAUGCCACCAUCUUCGGGAACGUGACCACCAUUUUCCAACAGAUGUAUGCCAACACCAACCGGUACCAUGAGAUGCUCAACAGCGUUCGGGAUUUCCUGAAACUCUACCAGGUGCCAAAGGGCUUGAGUGAGCGAGUCAUGGAUUACAUCGUGUCCACCUGGUCCAUGUCCAGAGGCAUCGACACCGAGAAGGUUCUGCAGAUCUGCCCCAAGGACAUGAGAGCCGACAUCUGCGUGCACCUGAACCGCAAGGUGUUCAAGGAGCACCCAGCUUUCCGCUUGGCCAGCGACGGCUGCCUGCGGGCACUGGCCAUGGAGUUUCAGACAGUGCACUGCGCCCCAGGGGACCUCAUCUACCACGCAGGAGAGAGUGUUGACAGCCUCUGCUUUGUGGUCUCCGGCUCCCUGGAGGUUAUCCAGGAUGAUGAGGUGGUGGCUAUCCUAGGGAAAGGAGACGUGUUUGGAGAUGUGUUCUGGAAGGAAGCCACUCUGGCCCAGUCCUGUGCCAACGUGAGGGCCCUGACCUACUGCGACCUGCACGUGAUCAAACGGGAUGCGCUUCAGAAAGUGCUGGAAUUCUACACGGCCUUUUCCCACUCCUUCUCCAGGAACCUCAUUCUCACCUACAACUUGAGGAAGAGGAUUGUGUUCCGGAAGAUCAGCGACGUGAAACGGGAGGAGGAAGAGCGCAUGAAACGCAAGAAUGAGGCCCCCCUGAUCUUGCCCCCGGACCACCCUGUCCGCCGACUCUUCCAGAGGUUCCGGCAGCAGAAGGAGGCCCGGCUGGCCGCGGAGCGGGGCAGCCGCGACCCCGACGACCUGGACGUGGAGAAGGGCAGCGCCCUCCCUGAGCACGCCUCAGCCAACCACAGCCUGGCGAAGGCCAGCGUGGUGACCGUGCGUGAGAGCCCCGCCACACCCGUGGCCUUCCAGGCGGCCUCCUCGGCGGCGGUGGCGGACCACGGCAGGCUGUACGCGCCCGGGGCCGAGUGCCUGGGCGCCAGGGCCGGCGGCGGCGACUGCGCCAGGCGCAAGGGCUGGGCCCGCUUCAGGGAUGCAUGCGGCAAAGCCGAGGACUGGAGCCAGGUGGCCAAGGCCGAGUCCAUGGAGACGCUCCCCGACAGGACCAAGGCAUCCGGAGAGGCCACCCUCAAGAAGACGGACUCGUGUGACAGCGGCAUCACCAAGAGCGACCUGCGUCUGGACAGCGUCAGCGAGGCCAGGAGCCCCCAGGACCGGAGCCCCAUCUUGGCGGAGGUCAAGCAUUCUUUCUACCCCAUCCCCGAGCAGACGCUGCAGGCCACAGUCCUGGAGGUGAAGCACGAGCUGAAGGAGGACAUCAAGGCCUUGAACACCAAAAUGACAAAUAUUGAGAAACAGCUCUCUGAGAUACUCAGGAUAUUAACUUCCAGAAGAUCCUCUCAGUCUCCGCAGGAGCUGUUUGAGAUAUCGAGGCCCCAGUCCCCAGAAUCAGAGAGAGACAUCUUUGGAGCAAGCUGAGUGGUCUGUUUAAAAAAAAAGAAGAAGAAGAAGAAAAAAGGUCAAAGAUAAAGCCCCGCCUCCCUGCCCUAGACACCACCCCCCCACACACACCUACAGGACCACCAACUUCCAAAGUAGGCUCUUCCUGACGGAGAAUCAGAGCCGGCUGGUCGCUCAGGCCCACGCCCGCGCUCUCUCUCUCUCUCUCUCUUUGGGAGCAGACGUGGGAAGAGGCGCGUGCUACCGCCCUGCAGGAUGGCAGCUGCUCUUGAACUGUCUGCACAAUUUUGGAAGAGGGGGGCAUGCUGUCUAAAGGGUAUUUUCCUUCAUUUUUAAUUUUUUACUGCCACAAUCUUUGUAAAAGAUGACAACCACUAGAAAAGAGGAGCAGCUAUUUGGGGAUUGGUGGGAGCGCCCCGGAGAACCCCUUAUGGCUUCUCCCCCCAGGCUGGGCUCCUGCGCCAAGACCCCAAAGACUGUGGUGGGCACAGGGUUUUCCCAGCAUUCCCUGUCCUUGUACAGCCCAUGUCUGCCAUCACCUUCUAUUUUCCUACAGUAGCAUUUGUAACAAGCCCGGGACAAGGGGAGCUUCAGGGACAGGGAGGGCAGAGCCUUGCAACUUUCUGUCUGUCAUGGUUAAGGCCAGAAAGCAGUGAGGUGCUCUGGGUGCCUCCCAUUGACACUGAAAGCCGGGAAUCCUCAGGUCUCCUCUCCCAGUAGAGGAGCCAGAGAGGGGCCUCCAGGAAGCAGCCUCUCCGGGCCGUGGUCUGCAGCCUGCUGUCCUGGGAGAGGCCACAGGGAGGGCUCCAGAAGCCUCACAGGCACCUCUGGCCCUGCCCCAUGCCACUGUCCUCCUCGCGUGGGCCCCUUCGCUUCUUUUCCUUCUCGAUCUCUCCCCCAGUGUUCCCAUGGCCUUCCUCAGGGCGUGUGGCAUCGGCAGGAAGGGCGAUGAGCCCAGAGUUGCUUUAUUAGCAAAGCAGACACAGACACACACACAUACAACCUCAGAAAAACGAUUGUAGCAAGUCCCAUGUUUAUAUUAUGAUUCUCACUGGGAUUGAUGGCCCCUCAGAAGUUUGUAUUUUGCCCACUGCAUGGGGUCAUCAGAGGACCCUUGGGAUCCAUGCUUGGCCUUACUUUAAAAUUUUAACUUCUUUUUCUGCUACCACAGUCAGUAGGACUUCAGGAGGAAGUGCGAAGCCUGCAGGGCCACUUGCUUCAGGAGCGGCAGAAAGAGAACGAGGCAGUGGUUCUCCAGCUGGCUCUGUAGGGUGCUGGGGUUGGCGGCCCAGGAAGGCAUGAGCUCAGAGCGAUGGUCCCAGAGCCCCAAGUCCCUACGCCAUGAUGCUCGGGGACACUCCACUGCCUCCUAGGCACCUGGGGUCAAAUUAUUCAUGUGUCCGGGCGCCUUCCAGGGGCGUCUGAGAAAGGAAAGAGGUCUCUCCCAGGCCUAAUGGAACUAACUCAGGUGUAUGCCCUGCAGAGAGGGUCAGGACCCCAAAACUUGACAAGCGAGGUUAGAAGUGCAGCUCUAAGCACUAGCUUGGAGAGGGAAUUAGGAGUGCAGGGGAUCCAGGGCGCUGGCGUGCUGCGUGGGUCACGCCGCAGCACCUCACCCCUGCACCUGGCAUGGCUUUGCUGCACAGAUCCUGAUCCUGUUAGUCCCCUCAGUACUGAAGGGGACCUGCCAGGGUGGGACUGGCCCUAUAAAGAUACUCGGCAUCUCUGAAGGCCUCCUGUCAGCACCCACCUACCCCCCUGCCCUUUGGUCCUGCUCAGUGGCCAUGACAGGUCCCAGGACUUGGCCUUAGCUGUCUGUGCGGAAUGGGGCUGUCCUCUCCUGGCUCCCACUGGCACAGGUGGCCCUGGGGAACAGAGGUCCAGGAGGUCGAGAGAAGGUUCCUUCUCCAGGGGUCCCAUGCACUUAGGCCGCUGCUCAUGGGAGGCUUAUCGGGGUGGCUCCUGGCUUCCCGAGGCUGCGACAUUAUUCGAUUUAGCCUCAGAUGGCAGAAUACAAAGAAGAGGAAGUCUAAUUUCCCAAGGCCGAGUCAUGACUGUUCGUGACUCUGGAUAAAGCAUUGAGACUUUAAGGCUCCUUGAGAAGCUGCCAGCUAGUCCAGAGGCUAUAAAAGAUCUGGAAUCCCAUCUGCCCCAGAAUGUUCUAGUUUGGCAUUCCUUAAAUGUGCUCAUUAGCCCUCUCCUGAAGUUUAGUCCCCACUACUUUCAAGUCAGGGCAAGGGCCCUAAUAACUCCAUCGUCCAGCUUCAGAAGCACCUGCCCGGCUCUCUGCGGGCUUGAUGACAGGCUCCUGUCCAGCGCCCUGCAGGCCAACCUAGAGGGCCCUUCCCUUCCCCACUGACUCUGCCAGAGGGCACAGGUGCCCCCAUUGGGGUCUGAGGGGCAAAGACGCCGAUGUGCCAGGCUUGAAAGUCCACACUUUUGGGGGAAAAAUAAAGCUUCAUGAUUGUACUUGUGGAUUGACUCCUAGGACCUGAAUGGGGCUCAUGACCAGAAGCCUGGAUCCUGCAGAGGGAAUGUGCUCAUCUCGGGGUCGCAGGGCCCCCAUGUGAGCCUGUGGUGACAGAUGACCACAGUGUGGUUGGACGUGCUCUUAGUCUUCUCCACUUAAGGAUUAGAGGGACUUCUGCUUUCUUUCCUUUGAAAAAGAAAAUUUUUUUUUUAAAUGAGCCAAACCUUCUCUCCUUUCAUCUUUAUGACAUGCACUUGGCCGUGGGCUUUGUGCUAACUACCUACUCUUGCCUGGAUGCUGCUCUGGCUUCCCGAGCAAGGGCCACAAGCUUCAGAUACUGACCAAACCUCCCACUACCCGGCGGCUGAAGAUAGCUUAGGGAAACACAGCGUCACCAGGUGUCGGACCGAACAUUUAGACUUUAGAAGUUAUGCUGAGAGAUAUUUACCCGAGUUAUUGUUUCCCUUCCAAGGGAAGGGACAUAACGUAUGACACCAUCGCCCAGUACUUGCUGGGUACUUGAUCUCAUAGUUAAACUCCUUAACCUUGAAUGUUAUUCGUAGGGAGGCUCCGCUUCCCAGAGAAGGUCCCAGCUUUGGGGCCGGAGGUCCUGCGUCCGCACUUGGCUGCUUGUUGACCGUGCUCUGCUCUCCCCACUGACGGAGGUGUGGGGGUGAGGCUUGAGUCUAUGAAAUAAGACAGCCAACAAGACAGUGCGCUCGUUCUCGGUGAGGACGCAGACUCCAGACUGAGCUGCUGGCCCAUACCCCUGCAAGGACACCUCCACCAAGUGUGACAAGGUUCCCCCGGGAAGGAAAGGGAGGCAGCCCUCUGGUCGAGAAGCCCUGGUUUCGUGCGCAACUUUGAUAUCUGCACCUUCAACCACCGCACUCUCUCAUGCUCAUACCUGGCUUGUUUCUCAGACCAUUCUUGAUAUUCUCAACCUCAGGCUACAUCUGUGUGCAGAGUUCGCCACCAGUAGCAGGCAACCAGUGGCUCGAAACAUCUCUGACGCUACAACAGCAUGGUCCCCAGUGUUUCAGAGCGGUUCCCGUUUCUGGCUAUCCAAUUCCUGGGCCUGUGUUACCCUCAACCUCCUAGAUCCUAUGUGCUGUUGCUGGCCAAACAUCAGGCCCUUUUCUGGAACCUUCUUUCAGAAGUGGAGCCAGCAUGGCUCAGAGUAAAAAAUGCACUGCACCACCACACCCCAUCCCGCAAGCUUCCCCUAUCGAAUCCUUCAGUGGAAGGUGAAAGUAAGAAGCCAGUCGUUAGAAUUUUUGUCCAAGCCUCUGUGGGGACUAAAAGAAUGCCUUAGGGGUCCCAGGUGAAGGGAGAGCCUCCUCUCCCCUUGGUGCAUUGACCACCAUAUGGCACAUGCACCCUGGAAAAUUUUGGAGCCCUGGUGGGGAUACAAGUUGCUGAUGUGCAUUUGAUAGACUGUACAAUGUUUUGCAAUAAAGAUGUUUAGCCUUAAGACCCUUGAAUGGAACUCCAGCUGGGAUGGAGCUGCCAACACUCCCCCUCCUCCCUCCUCAUGUCGUGUUGCUUAAAGAGGAACCCACUGAGGGCACGCUCAGACCCCAGGGUAGCCUCUCCUCUGUCACUAAAUUGUACUGCCUUCUCGCUCGCUUCAAUACCAAUACUUUCACCAGCUCCUGUGCCCUCCAGCUGGGGGUGGGGUUCACUGUCCCCUCAACACCGACCGCAGCCAUCAGAGAAAGUACCAUUUUCUCACACAAGGUAUUCACGUUGAGAAGUUUGGAUCUCCGCUCCCCUCCCCCACCACACACAGUUCAAAAGAAUCAAUGUGAAUUUGCAGCUUAAAUUAGUUUCAAAUGAAACUUCUUUCUCAUGCGAGCAAAUCAGACUUAUUCUGGAACCUCUAGAACUGGACUCGAAUGCCCCGCAGGUGCCGGACCUGGUGGGUGCCCCCCCCCGCCCCGCCUUUCAACCUAGAGCCAUGGUCUCUUUAUCUGUGACUUCAGAGUCGGUCAACGGAUCUACUAGUUGCUCAAUGAGAAGUUCACGGAUCUCAUAUCAGGAUACGAACAAUGAGAAAGACCGUCAUGAAGACAACAACCCCGCCCCAGUGAAUGUAUUCUCUUAAUAUUCAGACGUUCUAUUUGUGCAUCAGUUGAAAACUGCCCACAUCUAACGUUUCGCCAACGCCGUAAGGACACUUCUACUCCUGAGCAGUCCAUCAAUCUGAGGCUUUCCUUAUAUUGACACUCUUUCCAUUGAGUCCCGCCAAAUCCUUCAUUGGGUUUUUCUUUUUCCUUCGCAUCUGCCACUUUGUCCAAAUGAGCAUGAAUAGACAGAAGUGCAAAUGAGCUGAUACUAUUUUUAUGGUCAGUUUAUGCUGCCAGAAACUCCACUGUUAUGUGUGCAGCUUGGGAAUGGUAAGAGGAAUACGUGGGCCCCUCCAUGGAUGAUAUACCCUUCUCAACAUUUUUAAACAA